CCAGGUUCGGUUCAGUGCGACUGUCGGGGUUCACUGCUUGCUCUGCUUGUGCCCUUGCCAGUCUCUCUCUCUCUCUCUCACCAGCCUCAUGGCGCGCUCCCAGAUGUCUUGCCCUCUCUUCCUCCUCUGCUCCCUCCUGCUGCUGCCCUCGGUGCUGCUGCAGGAGGUGGGAAUGCCUGGGGGCGUUGUUGAAGUACCUGUCACAGGUGAGGGGGUGAAGGAAGCCGCUGCUUUCGCCGUGGAACAAUACAACAAGGACAGCAAAAACGCCAAUUAUUUCAAGGAGCUGAGAAUUGUGAACGCAAAGUCCCAGGUGGUUGUAGGUGUGAAAUACUAUCUUACGGUGGAAGUGGGGAAAACCGUGUGUGAAAAGAGCAAUGGGCCAAUGACAUUCAGCGAGAUCCAGAAAUGUGAACUGGCUCUAGGUGAUCAGCAAGAGGUGAGAUUAGAUGCCAAAAUGCUGGUUAUAUCUUUGCAGCUGGAUUGAUGAAGUCUGCCUCGUCUCAGCUUAGCAACCACUUCUCUAAACCAACUUUUAAUGUUUAGCAUGGAUGAUUUCUAUUCAUUUGUUGUUGUUAGUUGCAAAGUAGUGUCCGACUCAUCGCGACCCCAUGGACAAUGUUCCUUCAGGCCUACCUGUCCUCUGACA